GCUUUGGGUGGCUCUCUGGGCCGAGUAGCAUUUGAAAAGUUGUAGUAGUAGGUCGAAGCGCGGAUGCGGGUCCGGUCCGUAUCGAUACACUCCUGUUUUCCGUUUACCUUUUUACCGUUUUCCCGGUGACCCCGGUAAGAUCCCAACCGUAAGGCGGUGGGCAGUGCCCGGCGAUAAUCACAGUGAUUUUCCGGAAACCAUUUCUCUGGGCGUGCAACCAAAGAAACCCCUUUUAUCGCAUCUAACAGGAAAAAAAAAAGAAGAAAGAAGAAAAAUGUUGCGCCGGCGCAUGGAAAAUCCUUUAAAUAUGUUUAACCACAAAAGCGACGUGAGUCUAACCAAGACAAAUCGGGCAACGGAUUGCGAGGCGCCUUGGGAAAGUCCUCCUGCCCCUCGGGAAAGAGUUGUAAUCCGUCGGCGUGACCUGUGUGACACUUUCAUUUGGCGGGUGAACGCCCACUCAUAAUCCGGUCAGUAUCGAAAUUGUACAGUAUGAGUACUAUGUGAGAUCGGAUAACCAGAUGCCCAGAUGAUCCUCGUUCCCCGAUGCCCGGGGUUCGGUCAUCAUCGAUGCCAACCACAUGUGCCAAACGCCCCUCAUAAUGACCGCAUCUGAUCUGAGCGAGAAAUUUGAAAACCGCCCGAAAUUCUCCCGAAUCAAUAUUUCUACACAUUUCUGGUCAUUGUGGGAAUAUCGGAAAGAUUCCGUCUGGACCAAUUCAUUUUGAGCUCGCUGGCAACAGGCAGCCAACCACAACAACACCAAUCGAGCAACAGUCUGGACAACAACAGCAACACCACCAACAUCAGUGGCAGCAACAACAAUGUGCCGGCAUGGCCUCCGCUUCGACCUGCCCCCCCACCCGAUCGAUCAUUGUUGUUGUUGCAGCUUUAGUGAGAGGCGUAGCUAAAAACAGGCAACAGACAUUGGCGAGAACGAGAGCCAGCGAACAGGCAGCAGCAGCAAUGGGUGAACGCAAUAUGUGCGAUAAGGUCGGCAGCAACAGCAACAGCAGCAGCACCACCAGCAACACCACCAGAAGCAGUGGCGAAGGAAGAGCGAGAGGGCUCCAAGGCCCCAACGAGAGAGGCGCCAGAGAGAGGCCGAAAGCCGGAGAGGAAAGUGCAAGCUUGGGGAGCAAACUGAAGCUGUACAAGAUCGAUUGAGUGGCGUUCGUCUAACGGCAUGUGGAGCAAAAAAAAAAAAGCAAAAGCAAAGCACACAACUGUAAUUGUACGGAUGAAUGGGGAGAGGAUGUGGGGCGGAAGAUGGGGAGAGGGAGAGGGAGCUGGGGCUGGGGCUGGAGCUCAGCUUGGGGACUCGGAGACUCGGGAGAGCUCUCAUCUUGGUUCGCUGUAGUGUGGAUUCUAAAAACGAAUGAUUUUUUACGAUUUUAUUAUAUUUCGUUGUUGUUCCGUGUUUCGAAAUUUUUAAGCGCCCGGCGCGCCGCAUUCGAUUGCCGUUUAAAUCAGUUCAGUUUGUGUGAAAAACGCGCCGGACACGGACACGGACACGUACGUGGAUCGCCCCGGAAUCGAGUGACUCAAGUGGAUAUAGGGUGUCUGUCUGUCUCUCCUCAUCGGUUCCUGAUCGCCGGGAACUAUGACCAAGACCAGCAAAGCGAAGGAUAAAAGCGCCAGUGCAGGGGGCGGUGGUGCAGGCGCAGGCCCAGGUGGUGCGGCGACUGGGGGGCCCAAGGUGGGUGGCAGUUUACUCGCCAAUGCCGCCGACAUGAAGAUCUUGAAGGCAAAGUCCAAUGCCAAGACACUGCAGCAGCAAAAGCAACAGCAACAGCAGCAGCAGCAGCAAGGACGAAGUGCACUCGGGUCGGCAGGAUCCGUGGCGAAAGGGACGGCGAUAGCCGCCGCGGCGAGUGAAGUGAUCGAGACGACGCGAGCCGAGGCAGCGACGCCGGCAUCGACGCAACCGCCGGCAGCAGCGCCGACCGAAGCGAAUUUAUCGUCACUUGAGUCCGCGCGCUCGCAGGCUCAGACUUCAGACUUGUUCGAACCAGCGAGGCAAACGGUUACCGCAGCAACCGAAGCAACAGCGAAAUCAGUGACAGCAACACCACCAGCAACAGCCACCGCCACCGCCGAAGAAUCAGCAACAACACCAGCGGCGAUCAGCGACGAUCGUAGUGCGAUAAACAACAACAAUAUCAGUAAUAAUAACAAUAACAAUAACAAUCCGACGGCGGAGGACGCGAGUGAAAGUGUUGAUAACAAAAUCAAAGUGAUAAACUAUGCCCAUCAGCCGCCAGCUGAGGCAGAGGAGCAACAACACCAGCAACAGCAACAGCAACAUCAGCAUAUCUACGAGCAGCAGCAAUUUCUAAGCCAACAAAUAAUUAAUCAACAGGAGCAUCAACAGCUACAGCAGCAGCAACAGCAAUCAUUGCAGCAACAAGGCAAUCCGGGACAACAGCAACCCCAUCCCAGUUGGGUAGCCUACGACUUGACGAGCGGAUCAGCAGCAGCGGCGGCAGCAGCAGCAGCCGCAGCAGCGGUGGGAACGGUACCGGAAAAGUCCGAUCUCUACGCCCUGGCCGCAUCGCAUCACAUCUUUAGCCAUCUCCCGUAUCCAGCGAGUCAUCCGCCCACCCAGCUCUACGAUCACUACCAGAGCAUCACCGGCGCCAGCACGGAUCCCAUAAUGCGGAACAACUUAGCGCUCUACAGCGUCUACGGUGGCGGUGGGGGCGGUGUGGGCGGUGUGGGCGUGGGUGUGCCCAGCCAUGAGCCCAUCUCCCAGCAUGUCGUAGCCGCUGCAGCGGCGGCGGCAGCAGCAGCCCACCACUCCACCUCCAACAUCGACGAAGUGAUCCAGGAUACCCUCAAGGACGAGUGCUUCGAUGAUGCCCACAGUACCAGCUACCACAUGCUGACCUCCGUGGCGGAUCUGCAGACGCUCAAGGACAACAGUCCGGUGGGCGCCAUCUACGCACUCACCCAAGAACAGCUCCUCCAGCAGCAGCAACAGCAACUCCACCACCAGCAGCAGCAGCAACUGUAUCAUCAGCAACAUCAUCACAACACCUCGACGAGCUCGGCUGGCGGGGAUUCGCCGUCGUCGGCAUUGCAGAGCUUCACGCAGCUGACGAGCGCCGCCCACCGGGACAGCCUCUCGCCGGCGGAGCACGGCUUCUAUGGAGCCACCCAGCUGAGUCCCAGCCUGCAGACCAGUUCCGUGUAUGCUGGGCCCUUGCUCACCCAGACGGCCAACGGCAUGCAGUACGGAAUGCAGUCCCCCAACCACACGCAAGCCCACCUGCAGCAGCAACACCACCAGCAGCACCAGCAACACCAGCACCACCAGCAGCAGCACCACCAACAGCAGCAACAGCAACACCACCACAACUCGACCAGCAACAGCCCCGGCCUGCUCCAGUCGGGCUCAACGCCAGUCAAUGGACACAACAGCUCCAUGCUGGAGGACGGCUACGGCUCGCCGAGGAGCAGCCACAGUGGUGGAGGAGGCGGCGGCAGCGGCGGUGGCACCCUGCCCGCCUUCCAGAGAUUCGCGUCCGCCAGCAGCGGCUACGGCAGCGGCGUGGCCAAUGGCUCGGUCAGUGGCGCCGAACGCUACUACGCUUCGGUGCCCCAUUUGCGCGGUCAGAACGAGCCCUGGAACUAUGAACAAAUCAGUUACGCCGCCGCCACUCCCGGCCAGCAGUUGGGAGUCCCCGUUGGAGCUGGAGUGAUACGGAAUGGCAGGGCCAUUACGGCGGCCAACAAUGCGGCAGCAGCAGCCGCAGAUGGAUCGGCGGGACGCGUGGACGCAGGAUACCUCUCCGCCUCGGCAUCGCUGUCAGCAUUGGCCGCUGAAUCAGGCGGGGAUUUCUAUAAGAACUACCCAUUUAAUGUGGCCGGUGGCGGUGGUCGUAGUAAGGCCAGCAACAGUGCCGCCAGUUCGCAGGCCAGCCUGUCUGGAUCCUGUCCAGCUUCUGUCCAGGGUGUAACGUCGACAUCGACGACGGCAGCUUCGGCAGCUUCGGCGGCGACCGCGGCAUCGGCAGCGGCGUCAACGCUCAACGACGAGCACGUUAGUCGCGCCAAUUCGAGACGCAUGAGCGCCCAGAAGCGAGCCGGACUGUCGUGCUCUAACUGCCACACCACCUACACGUCUCUGUGGCGUCGCAAUCCCAACGGAGAGCCAGUCUGCAAUGCCUGCGGGCUGUAUUUCAAGCUUCACAACGUCCCACGGCCGUUGACCAUGAAAAAGGAUACCAUUCAGAAACGCAAACGCAAACCGAAGGGAACCAAAAGCGAAAAGCCCAAAAAGCUCAAGAACGCAUUGAGGAGCACUCUGGACAGUGGAUCCUUGUCCUCCAACUGCCAGUUGGUGGGCCAUUUGAACAGCAGCCAGAUGGGCGUCGAUGGCAAUGAUGAAAUGAAACCAUACAUGCCAUACACAUCGCAGCAGACACAGCAGCAACAAAAUCAGCAUCAGCAGCAGCAGCAUAAUCAGCAAUCCAUGGCCGACCAGCACUCGUCGGCGGCCAGCUCGCCCCAUAGCAUGGCAUCCUCAUUAUCGCCCUCAGCCACAUCACAUCACCAACAAAAUCCCCACCAGCAGCUCUGCUCCGGCCUGGACAUGUCGCCCAAUUCCCCCUACCAAAUGUCCCCCAUCAACAUGCAACAACAGCAGCAGCAACAGCAACAGCAGCAAUCGUACAGCAUGCAGCAUUCACCCAGCACUCCUACAUCCAUCUAUAACACUCCAUCGCCCACCCACCAUCUUCACAAUAACAACAACAAUAGUACACUAUUCAACAACAACAACAACAACAACAAUAGUAGCAAUGAGAAUAACAACAAACUUAUUCAGAAAUAUCUGCAAGCUCAGCAGAACGGGAGCAGCAACUCCACCAGCGAGCAGCAGCAACAGCUACUGGCCCACCUGAUGCCGAGCUCGAUUACGGCGGCAGCAGCAGCUGCGGCAGCGGCAGCGGCGGCAGCAUUCAACACGAUCAAGUCGGAGGCCUCAGUGUCCUCCACACCACAGGCUCUCACGCCCUCAACACCGACCACGGCAUCCACCCCAUUAUCCUCGCUGAGUCUCAACACCAGCAGCACCACCACCAGCACCAGCAACAACAACAGCAGCAGCAUUAUCAGCCUCCAAAAUCCAUAUCAACAGUUGGCACAGCUUGGACAGGCGGGGACGCCGUUGUUUAAGUCCGGACGCACCACUCCGCCGUACUAUCUCUCGCCGGAGGCGGACGAUCCGGCGACACACAUUAAGCUGGAGCAGAUCGAUCAGCAGCAGGGGCAGCAUCAGCAGCAGCAGCACGGCGGACUAAUGCUGGCCAGGUCAGGGUCUCUGGACGAGCACUAUGAACUGGCCGCCUUCCUCCAGCAGCAGCAGGAGCAAAUCGCCAACUAUGCCAUGCAGCUGCACGAGAUCGAUCGCAAGUUCUCGGGCGUUGAAAGGGAUGCGGUGGUGAAGAUGGAGUAAUUGCGGAAAGCACAUAGUAGUGCUAGUGGACCAAAGAAUCUGUUGUUAUAUAAAUCUCAUAGCUCCAAAGAAUUUAUAGGAAUUAGUUGCACUUGUGUGUGUGUAUACCAGGAGCAGUUCUACAAGAACUAGCUCUCCGUUCUUCCGAAAUCGAAAUCGGCCGCAUUAUCUAUUGUAUAUACUAUAUACGACUUAAGCUAAAUACCUAUUGACAUUUCCAUUUUACGGCAAAUUAGUUAUUCUGCCGCGUACUCGAAAAAUUGUUAUUUAACUAGUUUAAUUUUUAGCGAAAUUCUUGCGAAAACAAGACGCAAAAAGAAAUUCAGACCGUAGGAUAGGAACCAUUUAACUUUGUUAUCAAAUCGAAUACCUUUUGAGAUUUUCUACAAUCAAAUUCCACUUAGAUUUAGGCCACUAAUUUAAGCCAAGCCAGCAAACAAUGACUAGGGAAAGCGAAAAACAUGACAAAAAUCAAAAAACAAUCAAGGUAACCAACAAUCUCAUGCAAUUUAGUUAUUAUUUUAUAUAUAUUUUUUACACAUCUAUCUAUAAAUAUUUAAAUCAAUUUAAGUUUUAGUUUCGUACAAUCUUUUACAUCAUCUAUGCAAUAUUAAUUUUAUUAAUUUUGAACAAAUAAACGACAAUUGUCACUCGA